AUGCAGUCCACGAACGAACCUAGCUCUCAUGAGCUAGGAGAAGCUGGUGAGAUUGCGAGACCUAGGGAAUCAAGCGGUUUCAUCCUCCACCGGGAGAUGCAAGAUUCGGUGGAUGAAUCAAACGGCAUUGCAAGCUGGGGUCACGAGCGCGGAGAAACGGUUGUGGCUGAACAGCAGCAACUUGAUGGGCUCGGUAAUGGCGGUGACCAGGAUGCUGCAAACUCAUUGGGCAGUGAUGCUAUCAAACUGGAGCCUGGUCAUUCGACAAACGAUCUCGAGCGGAUGGAUGUGGAUGAUGGGGAGAUUCAUUCAUCGACUCUUCCGCACGUGACUGGACCUGAGAAAGAGCCGCAUCAAGACCAUAUAGAGAAGAUGCGACUCGGCUUCGAAGGACAUGAACGCGUCAAGUAUCCUGGUUUCGUUGAAGGCCGAUAUGGACAGGAUCAUCCAUCCUUGAAUCCCACCAAAGCAACAGACUCUUGGCGCCAUAAAGAGACUGCCAAUUCAGGCUUCAAGGGCCAAACGACAGCAGAUAUGGAUGGGCUGCAGAGUUACCAAGACCACAGCUCUACUGAAUUUGUUCCACUCCCAUACACCACUCUAGACAUCCCUACAUCGUUUGAGCCCUCCAGUACUCCUGCUUCAUACAACCCACGCUUCCAGAACUACCCGCAGCAGCGGCCUUUUACCCAGCUCAACCAGUUCCCUUUCGACCCUAACUUUGAUCGCCAGCAGCAGUUCCAAAUCCAAGUCGACAACAGGAAACGCCAGAUGGAGAACGCACAAAAGGAGUACGAGCAGAAUCAGCGCCAGGCUCAACAAGCAAACAAUGACUUCAGCUUCUCUCAGAACCAGGCAGGUGUUCCAGCUUCAAUCCUCACGGGUCCAUUGAGCUACCAGCGAGCUCCUCAAAGCACGCAUCAAACUCUCCCGUUUGGAAACAACGGCACAAAAUAUCAGUCUCAAAUGCAGUCUGAGUUUCCAUACGAUCAAACGGCAUCGAAGCAGCCUCCUGCCUCGUACUCUGCGCAGAACCACGACACAUCCAGUCAGACCACCAAGUUUCGCAACCAGCUACAGAGUGCGUACACUGCACCAGAAACACAUGAACAAGACACCAAAGAAGAAGUCUCAUCGGACGAUGACGAACCCCUCAAAACCCGCCUAGCACGCCAACCAUCCGCAGCCCCAUCUCCUCAACCCCCCUCCCUCAUAAACUGGAAACUCCCAGCCUACGACAUCCACUUCUCCCCCUCCCCUCCCCCCGCCUCCACCUCCUCAUCCAAACCCAAACCCACAAAAGAUUCGUCCCUCCCCAUCGCAAAAAUCUCGCUACCGGGUCUAAUCCGCGAGCCCCUCGUCCUCUCCCCGGACCACACAGCCCAAGAACUCUCCCUUCUCACCAACAUCUUCCUACCAGGCCAGCAAGCGCUGGCAACACCAGACCCGGAGCCCGCACUUGCAGUGCUGAAUUUCCACAGCAUAGCCAUGAUGGUUGUGGAGGCGUACGUGCAGUUUGAGAUUGGGGAUGAGAUGGGGAGGGGUGGGCCGGCUUAUUUUUCAAAGUACUCCUCUUCUUCCUCGUCUGACGAGGAUGACGACGGAGGUGCAAAGGGUAAAGGAAAGGCCAAGGCUAAGGGUAAGAAGAAAGAAGAGAAGGAGUACGUCCGCAUCCGCUGCGCCCGCACCGCAAGCGUCGACGACAUCUUCUUCGCCGUCAUCGACCGGUGGCGUGCAGGCCUGGAAAGUAACAAGAAGGCUUUCAAGCUUAUACGUGGCAUUCAGGAGUUUGUGGAUGUGGCGUUGGAUGUUAUUUUUUGGAUCAAGGAGAAUGGGCUUUUGGUGGAGGAGGAGGAGGAGGUGGGUGGGAACGAGGGUGAGCAAAAGGGCAAGGGCAAGGCAAAGGCAAAGGAAGGUGCAAAAGAAGAAGGCAUCUCGGUGCUAACUGCUAGGAAGAAACCUGCGCCCAAGACCAAAGUUGAGAAGCAGCAGCAGAAGAAGAAGAAGAAAGAGGCGCCGGUGAAGAAGAGGAGGGUUCCGGUUACGCCUGGUGUUACGGUUGUGAGGAAGAAGUGA